AUGGAAUUCUCCUGCUUGGAUUCAGCAGCCUGUGAGCCUCAGUACCUGAUGGGAAUGGCCAGCCAUGUGCCGGACUUCAGUUCUUCCAGUCAUCCCUUUGGAGUUCAGGUCAAUUUUAUCCAGAGCAGAACAUUUCCUGUUCUUCCACGACCCUGCAUCCUGAGAGAUCAACCAAACUCGUUCUGCCAAAUAGGUGCUGAAAGGCCCAAAUCCAGGCGCAUGCGCACCACCUUCACACAUGUGCAGCUUCUGGAACUGGAGCGAGUGUUUGCUGAGGCGCAAUACCCUGACAUCUGCACGCGUGAGGAGCUCGCACACAGGAUCAACCUGACCGAGGCUCGCGUCCAGGUUUGGUUUCAGAACAGACGUGCUAAAGCACGCAGGCAAGACCGUGCAGCCGGUGUGACUCGAGCACCACCUAAAGAAGAGAAAAAGCUGGAAAGACCCAAAUCUCAUGCUGCAUCAUCUGUGAAGUUUGGUGAGUUCUGCUCGAACACUGAAGCCACAUGCAGUCCUGUAGCAAAAAGCAGUGGAUGGCAUGUGGAAAGGUUUUCAUUGUAA